UUUAUUUUGCUUGUUGGGAUGUCUUUUCAGAGCAUGGAUGGAGAAAGGUGUGUGUAGCAGUAGCACCGACUCCUGGGUCUGCAGGGUUGUCCUGAUUUUCAGUUAAAUAAAGAACAAAAGAAAUGGCGUCUGCAAGAUCACUGGGACAACGACGCCGGAGCUCACUUUUCCGGAGCCGUGAUGAGGAGGAUUGUGAAGGAGUACGCGCUCAAGAGGACGGAUCCUCUGCUUUUACGCAGCUCGGCGGCAUGCUCGGAGAUGCGGGAGAUGGACUUGGGAACGUCUGUGCUCAGCAACAGGUCAAGACCAGCCUGCCUCGUCCCAAGGUGAUGAGCGCCGAGGAGCGCGAGCGCCUUCGCGCCCUUUUCCACGCCUACGACGCGGACCAGUCGGGCAGCAUCGAGAGGAGCGAGUUCUUCACCAUCUGCACCGAGCUGCACGUCAGCCCCACCGAGGCCGAGCGCAUCUUCAACCAGCUGGACGUGGACAAGGACGGCACCAUCACCAUGGCCGAGUUCAUCAACGGCUUCCACGACCGACACCACCGGAAGGACGCGGAGCAGCAGCCGCCGCCGCCGCAGGACUACGAGCAGGAGCCGAGCACCGCCGCCUGGGAGGACUUCGUGGCCAGGCUGGGCGAGCAGAGCAUGUUCGUCCCCAAGCAGGAGCACGUGGCGACACUGUACCAAAACAUCAGUAUGAAUGAGCCCAGACUUAUUCCACAGCUGGAGAAAGUUCUCCUCUGCUUCACUAAGGAGAUCAAGCAGCAGAACUCUGAGAUGGAGAACCUAGCAUUGGCCAUCAGGCGUGCGCAGGACCAAGCCUCCAUGCAGCUCAGCGAGAUGGAGGAGGAAAUGGACCAACGCAUACAUGCUGCUGAGAGGAAAACACGAGCCCAGGAGAAGAAGCGAGCGGAGGACGACCUCAACGAUUUGAGAAGAGGUUAUGAAACUGAAGUGUGUGAGCUCCAGUGUAAGAUCCAGAGGAUGCAAAUGAUCGAGGAGAAGUACAAGAACAUCACUGUGAAGGACGAGAGUCCCAGCCUGAAGAAGAAGAUCAACGAGCUCACACUGGACAAUCAGCGGUUAAAACAGGAGCUGCUCAAAUCUCAGACCAAAGUGGCGUGUCUGCAGAGCGACAUGGACUCGCUCAAGAACGAGCUGACCGACCAAAGCAUGAACUCAGAGAGAGACGAGGAGCUCAUGGUGCACUUCUCUGAUGAGCGCGACAUCCUGGAGAGUCAGAUUGACAUUCUGCAGACAGCCAACAGGAAGCUCAACGACAGCAACGACAGCCUGAGAGCUGCAUUGGAGAGGCUCACUAAGUCCGGUAACAGCGGGUCAUCGGGUAACACAAAGGACAAAGGCAGAAGUAAAAGCAUCUGUUACACUUCCCCGUACGCUUUGGACAGGUUCUGCCAGCGCCCGGACGACUACCCAAUGUUGGGCCGCCGGCCCAGCAGCGACUCCUUGGCGUUGGCGCUGUGUGACCCGGGGCUGCGGAGGCGCAACAGCAGCGAGUGCGAGGAGGACAGUCUGCCCGAGGUCUACAUGGACAGCGGCUUGUCCACGCUGCGAGGAUCGCACGGCGGUUACGACUCUGAGCAGGAAGCCAAAGGCCUGGAAGAGGAAGACGAGGUGGAGGAUAGGGGGAAGAAGAAAAUGGAGUUCACUGACAGCCUGAUUGAAGAAACGUCUGACGCUGAGCCAGCAGAGACGCAAGAUGUCGAGUCAGCAUUUGGCUCAGACGGCAGUUCAGUUUUGGACUGGAAGCCAUCUGAACCCAUUCCUGUAUUCGCAUCUGUGGGCCCGCCCACACCUGUGGCCACGCCCACCCCAAAAGCCAUCAGUACCAUCAGCGUGAAGCCACCAGAGACGCAGGACGUCGAGUCGGCAUUUGGCUCAGACAGCAGUUCAGUUUUGGACUGUAAGCCAUCUGAACCCAUUCCCGUAUCAGCUUCUGUGGCUCCACCCACUCGAAAAGCCAUUAGUGCCAUCAGCGUGAAGAAGGAGGGCCGGUCCGAUCUUGGCUACAUGACGUCAGAAAAGGCCUACAGGAUUGUCCUGGCGGGGGACGCCGCUGUGGGAAAGUCCAGCUUCCUGCUUCGUCUUUGCAUGAAUGAAUUCAAGAUGAACGCCAACGCAACCCUCGGUGUUGAUUUCCAAAUGAAGACGCUUGUAGUGGACGGAGAGCCCACUCUGUUGCAAAUUUGGGACACUGCCGGACAGGAGAGAUUUCGCAGUAUCGCAAAGUCGUAUUUCCGGCGAGCGGACGGUGUGCUGCUGCUCUACGACGUCACGUGCGAGAAGAGUUUCCUGAGUGUGAGGGAGUGGGUGGACAUGAUUGAGGACAUCUCUCAGGAGGACGUCCCCAUCAUGCUGAUUGGUAAUAAGUGUGACCUCAGACAAGAAGCAGCCAACUGUGUCCCCACCAGCUAUGGAGAGAAACUAGCUAUGACAUACAACACUCUCUUCUGUGAAACCAGCGCCAAAGAUGGCUCCAACAUAGUGGAAGCUGUGCUGCAUUUAGCCAGGGAGGUGACCAAACAUGCCACGUUUGAUGAAAAGUGUCACUAUCGGUCACUGCCUAACUUGGACGCUCCCAGGAAAAAACCCAACUUCUCCUGCUGCACUUGAUCGACUUGUCAGGCCUGGACUUUUUUAUUGGGCCCGAUGAGGACAAACGGGAGAUGAAAUGAGACAUAAUGUUAACGGGACUUCAGCGAAAUGAACAAGGCUUUUGCCCAGGAAGCGGAAUUGCAGCAGAAUUUUUGCUUCUCCUUUUGGUCAUUCCAUGAUUUUUUUUUUGGAAUGUUUGCCAUCAUCUAGUGUCGCUUAUUUCACGCAAUGUUUGCAUUCAUGAAGAGAUGUCGUCACAGAAGGAAAGAGGUGUGAAAGCAAGUGAAAAUAUUUUAAAUUAUAGCCGCGGCAGCAGAAACGAUGUUGCAAUAAUCAGCCAGCGUUAACAGAACACAUGAUUUUUACACAACCCAUUAUAAAGUGCAUGCAGAGGUCCAUAUAAGUCACUUUUAUCUUACCUGAAAUAAUGGGGUGCAUGAGAAAGGGGGAAAAAAUAGCUGUUUUUGACCAAGCUGUCAUUAGUUUUAAA